AUGAAGCUUUGUCUUGCUCUUGCUCUUGUCUCCCUCCUCGGCGUUGUUGGUGCUGGUGGUUCCGGAGCCAGGUUGGUGACCGUCAUCUGGAGUACGGGAGAACGUUCUUUAACCUACCAGGACACUGAGGGCACAUCCCACCCCAUUGGUGGGAAGCUCGAUGGGUGCCAGACCACCAUCUUUGACUGGAUAGAUGAAAUCUGUCUUAGUGAGACGAAAAGGAAUGCCCACUUGUCUUACACUGACGGUGGAGAGCGCUGCUUCGGACAGUCGAGCCGGUCGAACGUCACGUGUGGAACAAAUGUCACCUGUGACAUUACUUUUUUCACUGAAACUGAGUGCAACUGGAAGUGGGCUGCGGGUUUUGAUUCUAGUGAUACGAAAACCCGAACGGUGGAAAUUGAGGGAAGAUAG